UCACUGGAACCAGAAUAUUCCAUUACUUAUCAGAUAUUUGCCCGCGGAGGAGAUCGAUCGAUCCAUCACUGGCGGCCGGGUGCAUUGCCGCUACGCUGCUAGAUUUCUAGAAUCCGAGGUGAGUCGGCGCAGAUCUAGAGCUCCGCGCCACAGGAUACCUUUUCCAUCGACCAGGGGAUUACCUUCGAUCAUGAGGGCGAGAGGCUACAUCUUGCCGAUCUUUGUGCUGCUCGCAUGCUUUUCCUUGGCAGCGGCGGCCGCUCAGCUCGUCAGUAGCGGCUCAUCGGUCGACAAGGCGGGAUUUCCGUCCGUGUUGAGGCUCAGGAAAGCUGCCAAGGAGGAGUCGUGUGAGCCAAAUUAUGGCUUCUUGCCCUGCUCCACUGGAGUCGCUGGCAACAUUUUCUUGCUCAUCGUGUAUGGAUUUCUUCUGCUCAAGGCCGCGCAGUUCCUGUCCGAGGGGAGUGAGUUGCUGCUGCUCGUUCUAAAUCCGGGAAUCAUCGGUGGUUUGCUACUGCCAAUUCUCGGAGCACUGCCAGACGCAAUCCUCAUACUUGUUUCUGGUCUGUUUGCGAGCGAAGCAGAAGUUCUUUCCCAAGUUCUUGUUGGUAUGGGACUUCUUGCGGGAUCAACGAUCAUGCUGUUAACGCUCCUAUGGGGAAGCUCACUCAUAGUUGGAAGGUGUGAUCUUCAAGAGGUGAAUGGAAAUCUCGUAGCCAAGGACAAGACGCUUACCAGGAAGUUCGAUGUGUCCAAAACUGGAGUGACAACUGACGCACAGACAAAAGUUUCCGCUUGGAUUAUGCUUAUUACAGUUAUUCCCUACAUCUUAGCGCAGCUCCCUAAAAUCAUUCGCCAGCCGCAGUUGGGGCGUUUCUUUAUCAUCUUGAGCUGUGUCUUGUCUUUUGGCAGUCUUCUAGCCUACUGCAUAUACCAGAUUAUGUCGCCAUGGAUUCAGCAAAGAAGAAUAGCUUUGGCGAGGCAACGGUUCCGACUGUUUCAUACUCUACAGAAGUUGUCUAGCUACUCCAAAUCUAAGAGCUGGGGGGACUUGGUACUUUCAGACGGUUCAACAAACACAGAAGCGUUAACCAAGUUGUUUUCUUAUUUUGAUGAAGAUAAAAGUGGUCAUCUUACGCAGCAUGAGCUCAAGGCGUUAAUAAUUGGGCUUGGUAUCGGCCACGAGUCACUCUUGCCAAAGGAAGAGGAGUUGAAAGCCUGGAUGAGUGACUUUGAUCGAUCUAGCGACGAUAAGAUCUCGGAGUCUGAGUUUAUUAGCGGCUUUACUAGGUGGAUUAAAGAUCUUCAACAACCAAAAGAAGAACAUCGUGAUAAUGAUAAUGGAUGGGACACUGAAGCACAAAGCGCACAAACGUCCUAUAUGGCUUUGAUGGAUGGUCAAGGAGGAGGAGAAGAAAAAGAAGAGGAAGAAUCGGGGGAAUCCAUGACCAAAAACCAAAUAAUCACCAAAGCAGUUCUACUCAUCGUGCUUGGCGCACUUAUUGCUGGUAUCUUUGCCGAUCCUCUGGUGGACUCAAUCGAGAACUUCUCCUCUGCAACCGGGAUCCCGUCCUUCUUCAUCGCUUUUGUAGCCACGCCACUGGCUACGAACUCAAGCGAGGCAAUCUCCUCAGUCUUGUUCGCUGCGAAGAAGAAGAAGCAAAACAUAUCGCUCACAUACUCCCAGAUUUAUGGUGGAGUCACGAUGAACAACACGCUGUGUCUUGGGAUUUUCCUGGCUGUUGUGGCUUACCGGGGCUUGACAUGGGACUUCUCGUCGGAAGUUUUGGUGAUCACUUUGGUGGCUUUGAUCAUGGGUAUAUUCGGAGGCACCCGGACAACGUUCCCACUUUGGACAUCGUUUAUUCCUCUGGCUCUCUAUCCCCUCUCCAUAUUGGUGGUCGCGCUCCUGGACUACGUUCUUGGAUGGCAGUAGCAAGUUUUAUAUAGUAUGGUAUAUAUGGUUUUUGUUUACGUAACAUACUAUUUCUACGCGAUAAAAAGAUAAGCGUUUGAAUUCAUACAAGUCAAAGUUGGUGGAAAAAAAUCUUUUUUUUUGUA